UACUAACCGAACAAUAAUAAGACUUGACUGAAGAUGAGGAUUGGUUUACUAGUGCAGAUUCUUCUACUGGUUGCUGGGGUCGUUCAGGGCCUUGAUCCUAUAUCUUUAUCAGCUCUCUCAUUAGCGGAGAUAACAGCUGUUGGUUCUGUUGUUGCGAUGCUGGGAUUUAAACUGUUCGCACAUUCAGCGCAAGUUCUAAGAUUAACUGGUCGCAUCAAACGAUCUGAAGAAGAUGAUCUAAAUUAUGCUACUAUUGAAAAUAUUGCUGCUCUGGAACCUGAAAAAGAUGAUCUUAAUUAUACUACUAUUGAUACUAUUGCUGCUCUGGAACCUGAAGAUUGCUUCAAAAGAGUAUUCUGCUCUGCUGCUACUGGCAGGUUUAAAAACGAAGGUCUGAAGAAAACACUGAAUAUAGUCUACCAAGCAAUAUUAAUAGAUCCAAGUAAUAUCAACACAGAGAAUUAUAAACAAGCUGCAAUCUUUGGCGCUUCAAGGAGAGAUAUAGAGAAAUGUGAAUACAAAUAUGCAUGUGCGCUUUCUAUGGAUAAACUGGAACUCUUAUAUUAGGUGGAUCAGGUCUUUACUCUGUGAAUUGUAGGAUCAGAGAAACAUCAUUGCACCUCACCUAAAUACAUUUAUUAUCUACCAGUUACAUUAUUAAGUUUGAUUUAUGUAAAAGUUAAAUUUAAAAUUGAAUAAAUGUCAGUUGUAAUUUUUU